AUCAGCCUGUUUACUGAUAGAUCAAACAAGAGAAUUCAUCGUGAAAAAUGGGUAUAAUUCUGGCCGUUGCCGGCCGAGAGGACAGCAGACUAAUGCCCACUGGCUAUAUAAGAGACCCAUGUAUCCGAGUGAAUAACGUCAUUCACGGUUAAGCCGUUCUCCAAGCAGUACCUGUUCUCUUUGGACUGAACUGAAGAUGAAAAUGUGGUGCCUACUGAUGCUCCUCGCGACAACGGUCGCAGCGGACCCGUUUGAAACCAUAGCCUCAUGGAAAAAGGUUGACUACAAUUUUCCAAAUGACGCGUUGCGAAAAACUUACGCAGCAUCAGGCGAUUACAUACAGGAUAACGUUGUUCCCCUUGGGUUAAAUGUAUGGGGUGACAAGCUCUUCAUCACGGUGCCAAGAUGGAAGAAGGGAGUACCAGCCAAUUUGAAUUACAUCAGCUUGAGUGAAGCCGCAGCAGCCAAGAAUUCAUCGCUGUUACUCAAUCCCUAUCCCGACUGGGAGUCCAAUGAUGUUCAUUCACCUGACGCUAUUGUUAACAUCCUGAGAGUGAGGAUUGAUGCUUGCGAUAGAAUGUGGGGCAUCGAUAGCGGGGUUGAUGAUAUCCUUGGGGAGUUCAACCAGGUUCACCCGAAGAAACUCAUUGCUAUCGAUCUCAAAACGAACAAGAUUAUCCUCAGUUACACCCUCAAAGAGAGCGAUAUCAAGCCGAACACCUUCUUCGCCGACACUGCGAUCGAUGUUGACCCGAAAAAUUGUGACGACGCUUAUGUAUACAACUCUGACCUUGGUGCUAAUGGACUCGUCGUUUACAGUCUGGCUAAGAAUGACUCAUGGCGAAUCGAGCAUAAUUACUUCCACAUGGAUCCACUGAAUGGUGAGUACAAUGUCAGUGGGCUGACCUUCCAAUGGACAGACGGUAUGUUCGGAAUGGCCCUGAGUUCACCGAGAGAGGACGGCUCCAAAACCCUCUACUUCCACCCGAUGUCCAGUAUUCAUGAGUUCUCGGUUUCAACUAGUCUAUUGAAGAAUCAAACUGCUCUCGCCGAUUCUCAUUACUGGGAGGAGUUUCAUGUUGAAGGGAACAAAGGACCGAAGACCCAGGGCACUUCUUCGGCUAUUGAUACGGAAACGGGAAUUAUUUAUUUCACUCAGGUCAACAAGAAUUCAGUGGCCUGUUGGGAUACACAUGAGAAACUGAAUCCCGAGACUUUCCGUGUCGUAGCGCAGGACGAUAACGACCUGAUAUUCCCCAAUGACAUAAUCAUCGACCCAAAGACGAGAAAAUUCUACUGCCUCUCCGACAAUUUACCAGUUUUCAUCUACAGCAAUUACAAUUUCGAGGAAACCAACUUCAAUAUUCACAGCGCGUCAUUGGAUGACUUGACGGCAGCCUGUCGUGCACAAAUCGAGCGCAAAGAUGAAUAAUCAUCAUUUCGCGGGGGUUACCAACAACUUCAGGGAGUCGAACAACAAUGAGCGUUAAUUGUAGUCAUUUGUAGGCUCGUAAGUUAGUUUAUCUGUUUCACGUUACUUUUUUUUCCUCUUUUUUAACAUUAAAAAAUGGCUCCAGCUGUUAAUCCCGGAAUAUCCUGGACUGUACAUUUAUGGCGGCUCGUUUCCCGGGUAUUCUUGGUAGAAAACGGCCAGAGUUGUAAUAAAAAAUGAUGUAAGAAAGAAAAACGGAUUCCGGGGAAAGUUAUGUCACCUGGGGAGUAUCUGGAGCUGGAUUGAGGGCAUGAAUUUUUUAUCAUCCGGUUAAUGAUGCAAAUAUAACGGGGAUGAAUUUUUCACUCACAAUACCGGCGACGGAGGUACUCGGGUCUAUCCUGAAUUCAUUAUUAAUAGUUUACCCCACGUAGACUGUAUUCAUAUAAAAAUGAACAGGAAACGGCAAUUGCAUUAUAAAAACUUGAAAACAUUGUGCAAGAUAAGAAAUGUGAAUAAUAAAUAGAUUGAAGGAAAUGGAAAAAGAAGCAAAAAUAAUAACGAAUAGGUAAAGAGAAAGUGCCGACUGAAAAGAAAUCAACAAAUAAACAGAAAUACAGAGUCGAGUGGGGCGAUGAGAACGAAACAGAAUUUUCUACUCCGACACUUCCAGCUGAUACAUCUCAAUACAAUCAUUGCGCAUGAAAUGACACUACUAAAUGACAUUCCCAUGGAGGUAAAUUUCUUUCUCCCGUCGAUUUUGCAAUUGGAGUGAAGAAAAAGAGGAAUGAAGUUGAUGCAAUGUGAGAAGAUAAUCAGAUUAAUUAUACCCCUAACUCAAA